ACAUCCAGAACGUGGUGUACACCGCGGUGAGCGUGUGCUGCUGGGCGGGGGCGGCGGUGCACCAGGCGCACGCGCGCGUCACCCUGCAGAGGAGCACCCACCUCAACAUGGAGCUGCGCGCGCUGCUGCAGCAGUACUUCUGCGAUCAGGCCUCCAUCGAUACCAUGUUAACCGAUAUGCUGGCUAUUAUCAAGUCGUUCAUCGGCACGUUGCGCAGUAGCUUCUUCAUCAUCGACCGCGACAACAUGGACGAGCAAUUGAUAGCUGACAUGUGGGACGACGGCUGGGCCACAGAGAAGAGCACGUUGCCACGGAAGAAGACCAAGGUCAAUCUAUCCCUAGAGCAAACACCGGCGGGCCUGGUGGCCAGGACUGGGAUGACGUUAAAUCUGCAAGACGUCUACAGAGACCCUCGAUUCACGAAGGAAGUUGACCCCACCACCGGGAUGGUCGUGAGGUCCUCCCUAACCUCCCCUAUCGUUGACAAGAAUGGGGUCAUUGGCGUGGUGCAGCUGGUGAACAAAACAACAGGACGCUCCUUCGACACUGAUGAUGAGGCAAUUUUCGAGGUGUUCGUCAACUAUUGCUCACUCAUCGUACACUUCUACCACAUGCAGCAGAAGAAGCUCUAUCACGAGAAUCUGAACAAGGUGUACUCGGAGCUGAUGGGUCUGCACCUGAAGCCGUGCCAGCACGACUUGGACGAGUUGGAGGCGAGCUGGCCGGCGGCGGCGCCCGCCAACUUCCGAACGUUCGAGUGGCAGCCGGGGCCGCGCGCGGAGCUGGCGCCGCUCACGUGCCUCAUGUUGUGGGAGACGUUCGCGGCGUCGCGCGGCCUCUCGCGGCCGCGGCUGGCCGAGUUCGUGCUGGCCGCGCUGCGCUGCUACCGCCCCAACGCCUACCACAACGCGCGCCACGCCUUCUGCUUCACGCACACCAUGUACGUCAUCCUCGCCGCCAACAAGGAGCGCUUCGGCUUCGUCGAGACCACGGCGCUGAUGCUGGCAGGCCUUUGCCACGACCUGGACCACCCGGGAUUCAACAACAACUUCCUCAAGCUCUGCAAGCACCCACUGGCCCAGAUGUACAAAACCUCACAGCUGGAGAACUACCAUUACUUCCUCGCAGCGAAGAUGAUCGAGGAGCAGCAGCUGCUGUCGCGGCUGGCGCCUGCGGAGCGGGCGCAGGUGGUGCGCGAGGUGCGCUUCGCCAUCCUCAGCACCGACCUGGCGGCGUACUUCUGCACGCGCGCCCGCCUGGCGCCGCUCGUGGCCGAGCGCGCCUUCCGCUGGCCCGACCCGGCGCACCGCCGCCUGCUCAAGGGCAUCCUUAUGACCACUUGCGACCUGUCCGGCUGCUGCAAGCCAUUCGGGGUCGCCAAAGAGAUUACGGAAUCUAUCUACGCGGAGUUUUACGAACAGGGCGACCGGGAGCGCGCCCUCGGCUACACGCCGUUGAGCAUGAUGGACCGGCGCCGGAGCGCCAACCAGCCCGCCGAGCAGAUCCAGUUCCUCUCCGUGGUGGUAUUGCCCUGCCUCAUGCUGCUCACCAGCAUUCUGCCCAACACGAGCCCCCUCCUGGACAACUGCAGGCAAACCCAAGAGGGUUGGCACGAGGAGAUCGAGAUGCGCGGGAUGAAGCUUUGGCGGCAAGAGGAGUCCGUCACCGCCACGAGCAGAAGCCGCGUUCUGCUCAAGUCCAAAUCGGAAGAAAUCAGU